UCCAUUGUGCUUAACAUGUGCCUUCAUUUAUCCAUUGUGCUCAUGAUUUAGUAGUUUUCUUUAAGCAAUGAUUGGAUUCUCUUAAGUGGAUGCAAUUGACCUUUCACAACUUUUCAACCCACCCAUAUGAUUGUAUGUGAUUUAAUGUAAUUUUAAUCAUAAAAUUUAAAAAAAAAAAAAAAAAAUCUAAAUCUAAAUAUUUCGAUAAACUUCGAGUUGAAAUUGAGGCCCAAAACGCGUCACGUAAUUGUUUCUGCAACGUGAAAUCUGAUCACGAAAAAUUUCCUCCAAAAGUAUUGUGCGGAAUUGUUGCAGAAAUCAGUCUCUCUGGGAGCAGAGGAGAAUGUAUAUGAUCGCGGUAGCUACAGCGAUAGGGUUUGUACUCUUUCUGCUGAUCCUUCUCAGAAAAACCUCUUCAACCCCUAAUCUUCCCCCGGGCAGCUUAGGCUGGCCGAUACUGGGCGAGACUAUACCAUUUCUGGCCUCCCUAAGGGCUAACGCAGGUCAAGGAUUUUUUUACCAGAGAAUUAAAGCUCUAUGGAGGAUAUAUCUUCAAGACCCACGUGCUCGGAUCCCCUACAGCUAUCUUCUACAGUCCUGAGGGAAACCGCUUUCUCUUCUCCAACGAAAACAAGCUUGUUCAAAGCGCUUGGCCGCCUUCUAUUUCCAGAUUGUUUGGAAAUUCUUUAAUCAGCAAAGUUGGGGACGAAGCAAAAGAGCUGAGGAAACUGCUGCUCACUUUCUUAAAGCCAGAAGCUCUGCAAACUUUCGUGGGCAGAGUGGAUUCCAUUAUCAAUGGCCACGUUAAACGUUUCUGGCUUGGGGAAACCCAAAUCAAGGCGUUUCCUGUCUCGAAGCGUUGCUUGUUUGCUGUGGCUUGUUCUCUUUUUCUCAGCAUGGAUGAAGGGCCUCAGCAAUCUGAUUUGUAUCGCCAUUUCAUUGACUUGUUGAACGGAAUGUUGCAGAUUCCUCUGGAUUUUCCGGGCACUCUGUACCGGAAAGCCAGAAUUGGGAGCAAUCAAAUCCGAGGAAUUCUGCAGACUGUGAUUGACAAGAGGAGAGUGGAUUUGGCAUCGGGAUCCGCUUCCCCACAGCAGGACUUGCUUUCCUUUCUGCUCUGCAACAACGAUGGGAGUGGGAAUGCGUUGAGAGACGAUGAGAUCAAGGAUAACAUUAUGCUGCUUCUUAUGGCUGGCCAUGAUACCAGUGUUGUCACUGUAACGUUGAUCCUGAGGUAUCUCGCUCUCAAUCCGGACUGCUACCAAAAGGUUCUUCAAGAGCAAAUGGAGAUAAAGCGGGAGAAGGAGGGAACCCAGGUGGGUGUACUCCAGUGGGAUGACCUUCAAAAGAUGAAGUACACAUGGAGGGCUGUUCAAGAGACACUCAGACUUUAUCCCCCAGCAGGAGGCACAUGGCGCAAGGCUAUUGUAGAUAUCUCUUUUGCUGGUUUCAGCAUCCCCACGGGAUGGAAGUUAUUUUGGACAACUCGUUCCACUCAUAAAAAUGCAGAAUAUUUUGAGGAUCCAGAAAAUUUUGAUCCAUCAAGAUUUGAGGAGAAUGGAACAGUGCCUUACACAUUUGUACCAUUUGGAGGUGGCCCACAAAUGUGUCCAGGCAAUGAAUUUGCACGAAUGGUAAUUCUUGUAUUUAUCCAUAGCAUUGUUAAAAAUGUUAAAUGGGACUUAGUGAAUGUGAACGAAAAGAUAAUUGCUAACCCAAUUCCUACCCUUGCUAAUGGCCUUCCCAUCAGGCUAACUUCUCUAUAUUAAAGAGGCUUAUCACCUAAAACUUCAUUUCAUUUUUUACUGAAAAUGUAUACGAAAAAAAGUUGUAUUAGUAGCAAGUAAAUUUCAAGCCCUUUAAUGAAAUAAAACUUUAUGAGUCA